AUGAGAUUAGCCAACUGCGCAGGAGAUAUUAUAGUGCUCAAGUGUACGCGCAGACACAAGUGCACUCUCUAUUCCUAUCACUCUCAUACUCCGGUGGGACGACCACUCGACACGACCGUGUGGGAAGUUCUUAGUGACAGACUUGGAUUUGGGUUUUUUGUAAUUGCGCAAGUCGAGAUGGUGAGUAAUUUGAAAGAGCUGGCGGUACAGUUGUUCGACGCGGGGGCCGUGAGACUCGGAGACAUCGAAGCGAAGGUGGGCCGCCGUACACCGAUAUAUUUUGACUUGAGGAUCGUCGUGUCACAUCCAAAAAUUAUGAUGGCCAUCGCGAAGGAACUACAAGUGUUAGCGUCGGAUAUAGACCACGACAUCCUGUGCGGCGUCCCGUACGCCGCGCUCCCCUUCGCAGCCGUCAUGUCCGUCAACACCAACACCCCCAUGAUCAUGAAGAGGAAGGAAACCAAGCUAUAUGCAACUAAGAAAAUUCUCGAAGGCGUCUACAAACCUAAACAAAAAUGCCUUGUUAUAGAAGACGUAGUGACAUCUGGCGGGAGUUUGCUCGAAACUAUUAAUACUCUGCGCAACGAAUUAUUAUCUGUGACGCACGCCGUCGUAGUUCUUGACAGGGAACAAGGUGGCGCCAAUGUGCUUAAAGCAAAUGGCGUCCACGUUAAAGAAAUUUUUACAAUGACCGAAUUAAUUAAAAUAUUAAGAGAUGCCGGCAGAAUUACACAUGAAACUUUUGAAAUUGUCUCCGAUCACAUAAGAGAGUGCCAGUUCGGUAUGACCGAUAACUUUGAGCAA